UCGGUGGGCACUACCGCCAGCCAAUCACUGGGCGUACGGCCCUACAUCUCCUCCCCCUCGCCUCCCGUGGAUCAGCUGAGGGACCCGAGAUGUCUGUUGACAGCGGCGGCGGCGGUGGCUGUGCGGCCGGUUUCGGGAUCCGCGCAGGGAGGGUGAUUUGAGUCCUAUGGAGCUACACCGGGAAGAGCAGCUGCCACCGCAGGAACCUUGGGGGAGGCUCCUUCGUCUAGGCGCAGAGGAGGACGAACCGCAAAUUCUUCUUUGGAAACGCCAGUGGACCAUCGGAAGGAAGAGAGGUUGUGACCUGUCUUUCCCCAGCAAUAAACUGGUCUCUGGAGAUCACUGUAAACUUAUAGUAGAUGAAAAAUCUGGUCAUGUGAUACUGGAAGACACCAGCACAAAUGGAACAGUAAUCAACAAGAUGCGACUGGUUAAGAAGCAGGCUUACCCUUUACAGAGUGGGGAUAUCAUCUAUUUGGUAUACAGGAAGAAUGAGCCAGAACACACUGUGGCAUACCUCUAUGAAUCUCUAAAGGAAAAACAAAGCUUGACUCAAGAAUUCUUUGAAGCCAAUAAAGGAAAUAUGUUCCAUGUGACCAAAGAUUCCUCAGGUCGAAGGCAGCGUGAUGACCGCCAGGUUCUACCAUUGUCACCCAUGGCUCAAUCAUGCUUAGAGGAACCACAGCCAUCAACAUCGACAUCAGACCUCUUCCCCUUGGCCUCUACCUCUUCUUCGGAGCCAGAGCUGAGCUCUGCAGGGCAAAAGCAUUCCUCUGGCUCUGAUGGGGAGCUUGACUUGGACCUCCAGUUAUUGGUUGCAGACCAGCGUGGAAAUGCCCAAACCUCACAAGAGUCCGGCAGAGUGGCCUCUGUGAAGCCAGACAAGAUGGGGGAGACACUAACCUGCAUCAUCUGUCAAGACCUUCUGCAUGACUGUGUGAGCUUGCAGCCUUGCAUGCAUACGUUUUGUGCGGCUUGCUACUCUGGAUGGAUGUAUCGUUCGUCUCUGUGCCCUACCUGCCGAUGUCCAGUGGAGCGGAUCUGCAAAAACCACAUCCUGAACAACCUUGUGGAAGCAUACCUUAUCCAGCACCCAGAUAAGAGUCGCAGCAAAGAAGAUGUGAAAAAUAUGGAUGCAAAGAAUAAAAUCACUCAAGAUAUGCUGCAACCCAAAGUUAGGAGGUCUUUCUCUGAUGAAGAGGGGAGUUCAGAGGACCUGCUAGAGCUAUCAGAUGUGGACAGUGAAUCCUCAGACAUCAGUCAGCCAUAUAUUGUCUACAGACAGUGUCCUGAAUACAGAAGGCAAGCAGUGCAGUCUCUUCCUUGCCCAAUCCCAAGUAGCGAGCUGGGAGUUACACAGGCCCUUUGUGGGGAAGCACCAUCGACAUCUGCCAGCCUGCCAGCAGCAGCCCAGGAGUAUAUGUGCCCUCUUCAAGGAAGCCAUGCCAUAUGCACCUGCUGCUUCCAACCUAUGCCUGACCAUAGAGCUGAACAUGAACAGGAUUCCUGUGUCGCCCCUCAACAGUGUGCAGUGUGCCUGCAGCCCUUCUGCCAUCUGUACUGGGGCUGCACUCGGACUGGCUGCUUUGGCUGCUUGGCUCCAUUCUGUGAACUCAAUCUUGGUGACAAGUGCUUGGAUGGAGUGUUGAACAAUAACAACUGUGAGUCGGACAUCCUGAAGGUAUCACCUCCACAUCUGUUCUGGGGGAUCCAGUGAAAACCAUGAAGCUUUCCUAUAACUUUUGUGGUUUCUGUUAGGACACACAACCCACUGGGCAAGCAAAAUAAAGGCAGAAAACAAGCUACACUAGGCCAGAGCAAAAAGUUUCUGCUUUAAAAUGUGCUUGAUUAGAGAGGGUCCUAAGUAGUUAUUGUGUUUUUAAAAACAUGAAUUUUAAAGAAAAGAAUAGAGCUUGGCCUAAUGUAACAGGUCUGCUAUUAUUCCAAUGGCUACAUGGAAGACUGAGCCAGAAUUUCAACAUCAAGGCCAGAUUAGUACAACAUGGUCUCAAAAUAAAAGGAAAAGGGGAUGAGGGUGUAGUUCAGGGAUAGACUGCUGGCUCGGCAAGCACGAGGGCCUUUGUGUGAUGCCCAGCACCACAGAAUUAAAUAAACAAGAACAGAGACACAUUAGAAAGCUCUUGUAGUAACCCCACAGGAAACUGUUAUUAGGCUUUACCUUGAGAGUUGAGGGCUCUAGAAAUUUAUCGGAAAAAGAACUGAGUGAAGCUGGUGUGGAGCUGAGAGAAAAAGGAAGCAACAGUGGAAACUACAAAGUAUUGCUGCUCUUCCAGAGAAAUUCCCUCAAGGGAAAUGAAAGGUUGUUAUGGCUUUUACUGCAUUUGAGAGCACAGUUAAACAUCGAAAUAAUACCAAUGAGAACAGUCAGAGCUGAGUUCAGUGCUCAGUGGGGUAGGUCAAUAGCCUAUGAAAGUAUAAAAUAACAUCACAGAGGAGAACGUUUGGGAAACACAGCUCAUCUAUAAAACCAAACCAGUACUUUUAUGCUGACAGUAAUAGACAGAAACAAGGGAUAAAUUUAGGACAAUCAAGCAAAAGGUCGAGGCAUGGAAACUGUCCUUCAGUACACAAUUGCUUUACAAAAGCAAUGUGUUAGCCUUCGCAGCUUUCCUCUUGCCAUGUUAAUUUUCUCCAAAUAUGCUUAUCCUCAUCCCAAUGGAGGGAAAGGUUAUGGUUGUGCCUAAAGGUGAGGCCACCAAACUCAAGAAUAAGUUAAAAACAUGCACUAUUCAAUAAUAAUGAUAAAAAAUUUUAAAUAGCUGGAAGAAUUUUUAUGGCCAAACAAUCUUGUUUGGCCGAUUUUUUAUAUUACUUGAAGUCUGCUAAAUAUGAAGGAGAACCCCAAGGCUGGGCUACCAGCAGCCUGUAAUACUUCAACUCUCAAUAAUUUAAAUUUUAUAGCAAGGCUAGAGAGACAGAUUAGCAGUUAAAAGUGUGUACUACUCUAUCAGAGUACCAGAGUUAAGAUCCUAGCACUGGCAGGGUCUGGUGGCAUAGACCUGUAAUCCUAGCACUCACAGAGGAAGAGGCAGGUGGAUAACUGUGAGUUCAAGGCCAUUCAAACAUUUAUAUACAUACAUACAUACACAAGAAAAAAAUUUUUUUUUAAUUUUUGAAAGAAUGAAAAGCCAAAGUUCAGCGUCUAAAGCCAUGACACUAACAAAGGACACUGUACCAAAUUCAAUGCAGAAAGAACUCCCCCAUAUUUUUCUAAAGGGUAUAUAACUAGUCAAAGAUAAUUGCUAUCUUCUUCCUUUCUGCGAGAACUAGAACUUUCUCGUUCUAGUUUCAUAGUUGCACAUUGAAUCACACACUGAAAAUUCCAGUGCUCUAAGAGAAAGAGGUAGAAGUAUCUCAGCCCAAGUCUACCUAAGAAGCUCCAAGCCAGCAAGGGCUACCUAGUGAGAUCCUGUCUCAAAGGGCAAAAAAUAAAUUCUAGCUUCUUUUACAAUACUAUACCUAUAGUUUAGAUGGAACACAUUUAUCUCUUAACUAUACUCACUCAGAUGAUGAGAGCUUCAUCCAUACCUGUCAGAUGGGGCCACAAAUAUCCUAAGAGAUCCUGGACUUCAAUCUGAAUUCUGGCCCAAAUAUGCAAUGACUGGAGGGAUGCUCACAUUCAACAAGAGCAUUUUGUACACAUGCAGAUGAAAAGAAGGCACUCUAAGCUUAAUAUCCAAAAGUAAGAAGUUAAUAGUUUUCUGUCUACCCUAACACUAUGUCCCCACCCACUGCACAGCAUCCCUGAAUAGAUGAAGAUAUCUGUUCUCUUUGUUCAUACAGUCUGGUCAGGGAGAGCAGAAGCUGUUCCUAGAAGCCGUUUGUUUCAUGACUGGUUCUAACAGUAGUGUGUGAUUUUUUUUUUUUUAAUGCAAAAUUGGGCAUGAUGGCACAGGUUUCUGAUCUCAGCACUCAAAGGUAGAGAUAGGAGAGCUGGAAUUCUUGAGUAUAUGAGAACCAAAAGAAAGAGUUAGAAAAACAGAGACAGAUGGCAGACGGACGGAUGGCAGGAGACAAGAAGUAAGUGUGUGGGCAGACUUCUGGCUUCAGAAGAAUCCGGACACCACUGAAAGGAAGCUUGUAAAAAGAAAAAUGACUUGGGGCUGGAGAGAUGGCUCAGUAGUUAUGAAUACUUGUUGCUCUUGCAGAGGACCUAGGUUCAUUCCCAGCUCCUCCAUGGCAGCUAGCAACUCUAACUCUACUACCAGGGGAUCUGAUUCCCUCUUCUGGUCUCUGAAGGUACUGCAUGUACAUAGUACAAGACAUACAUGUGAGCAGUAUGGCACUGGAUUAUAUAAGAAAACUAGCAAGCAGCAGUCUCCUAUGGGUUCUGCUUUGAGUCCAGAAUAACCUAGGACACAAACUUCUGGACCUACCUGUGAGGAAUUAUCUAGAUUAGGUUGAGAUAGAAAGAUUGUAGAUGGAACUAGUCUACAGUCUACAGGCCUGGACUGAAUAAAAGGGAAAAAGUGAGUUGAGCUUUUUGAACACAAAUACAAUGUAUGACCAGCUGCCUCAAGUUCUUGCCAUCAUGAAAGCCACCAUGAUGGACUAUUCCCCCAAACUGUGACCUAGAACAAACUCUUUCUUUCUUAAGUUUCUUCUUCUCAGGUAUUUUUGUCACAACAAUAACACAAGUAAUUAAUACAUUGGCUUUCUACAAUAUAUAACUUCAAAAUUAAAACACUGACAAAAUUAUAAGAUUUAAUCUCAUUAAAUAGUUAGGUGCAUACAUGAUCUCUACCUUACCCUCUGGCCUCUUCUAGGUAAACUGAUUCAGAGCCAAGAGGGAGUAAUGAGAUUAUCACAGAUAAUACAUAAAAGGAAGGUCACUUUGAUUUAGCAUGACACGAACAAUAAUCAGUUGCAUUAUAUACUGCCCAUCACAGAAGUGGCAAUCUAUCUGAAUCCUAAAAAAACUGACUAUUAAAAGGUUAGAAACUAGAAAACAGAGGACAGGAUAGGAGCCUACCACAGAGCACCUUUGAAAGACUUUAUCUAGCAGAGUAUUGAAGCAGAUGCUGAGAUUCUAGCCAAGCUUUGGGCAGAGCGCAGGGAAUCUUAUGAAAGAAGGGGGAGAUAGAGCUGGAGGGACAGGAGCUCCACAAGGAGACCAACCGAAUCAAAAAAUCUGGGCCCAGGAGUCUUUUCUGAGACUGAUAUUCCAUCCAAGGACCAUUCAUGGAGAUAACUUAGAACCCCUGCACAGAUGCAGCCCAUGGCAGCUUAGUCUCCAAGUGGGUACCCUAGAAAGGGGAACAGGGGCUGUCUCUGACAUGAACUCAGUGGCCUGCUCUUUGAUAACCUCCCCUUCAGGGGUGUGCAGCCUUACCAGGCCACAGAGGAAGACAUUGCAGCCAGUCCUGAUGAGACCUGAUAGACUAGGAUCAGGUGGAAGGGGAGGAGGUCCUCCCCUAUCAGUGGUCUUGGAGAGGGCCAUGGGAGGAGAAGAGGAAAGGAGAGCAGGAUUGGGAGGGGAUGAGUGAGGGGGCUACAGCUGUGAUACAAAGUGAGUAAACUGUAAUGAAUUAAAAAAUUAAUUUUUUAAAAACGUUAGAAACUUGUUGAGAGGUUAUAAGACUUGCCAGGCAUGGUAGUGCACACCUUUGGAAGGCUGAGGCAGGCAAAUUUCUGUGAGUUCAAGGCCAAACUAAGUCUAUCAAGAAAUGUCCACUCAAAUAUUUAAAAGGAAUGAAAAGCCUGGCAGGUUGGUGCACAUCUUCAAUCCCGGCAGGGGCGGGCGGAUCCCUGCGAGUUUGCCAGCCAUAGGUACCAUACCAGCCAGAGCUACGUUGUAAGACCCUGUCUUAAAAGGAUAACAAAAUUUAUCAUCGUGUUGACAAUGUCUGCCUCAGGGCUCAGGACACAAAAGCCACUAAAUGAAUAAACAUUUUCAAAACAAGGGGGAAAUGUGGUAGUGAGGUCCUAAGAGUCUUUAUAUAUAGUCAAAAGCUGGGUGACUUUCCUUCACAAGAAUUUUCUUCAGACCUGUACCUGAAAACAGAGUCCAAGUAAACGGAUGUGAGUUUCUGAAGGUCCAGAACCUGGAGAGUGUCCAAGUUCUAGGUGUGACUAAGGGGUGAACGAGACCACCUACUAUGUUCAAUCAGCUUUAUAAAAGCGACCCUACUUACCGUACACGAAGCCGACAAUAGUCUGGCAGUCCUGGGUUCGAGGCACGGCCUUUGUUCUCACAGCUACAGGAAAAACAAAACAAAAGAAAAGAAAAAACCACGAAAUAUGUGACAAAGAAUUCUAGUCUCUCAUUAACCCUGAAGAGCAGGGUCGCUGGCCAGCCAGGCUCCACUCAGCCUGUCCCGCACUGGGCCGGGAUACAGGCACGUUGUGGACUGGCCAUGCGUGGACUUGCCAUGCCUGGACCCAGCAGCCAACCUGCACCAGUUUUCUCCUGACACUCCCGCCUCCCCUCCCAUGACCCCUGAAGCUACAUUCUGGAGAAGGGCAGCCGAGCACAAAGAAACACAUCAUUCUUUCACUGGACUGAAAGAAACCUUAUUUUGCCCAAUGUCCUCCUAAGAGACUAGCCCAUAAAGGCUGAAGAAGAGCCAGCCUGUUUGUUCACUAAAGCCUUUAAAUCCCAGCAUUCGGGAAAGAGAAGUAAAAAAAUUCUGUGAGUUUGAUCAGACAGCAGGAUUACCUAAGAGAUCCUGACUCAAAAACACCAAAACAAACAAACAAACCAUACACUGGAGACACCUCUCAGACCAGUAAAGAGACUGGCCACUACACUGAGCAUUGAUGUUAUUAUAAUAGACAGUACAAGAUGGCUCAGUGGUUAAGAGCACUGGCUGCUUCUCUGGAGGAUUGGGAUUCGGUUUCCAGUACCCACAGGACAGCUCACAAUGUUUUCAACUCCCAGGAAAGCAGACAGGGAGGGGAGGAAUGGGGGUCCAUGCAUGUGUGCAGAGAUUUACUAGGUAACAUACAGUUUUGGCUAUCAGUGCAUCAAAUAACAACAGUAGCUACCAUCAUUAAAGGAAAAACCAUUGUGGAUUGAGAGGACCAGGCCUAAACUGCUCACCCCACCCCCCACAACACACACACAAAAAGUAAUCAGUCCCAGGAACUAGGCCAUAGGGAACAAGACCAUAAAAUCCCACCCAAGGAAUAGCCUGGAGAAGACCACAAAAAUGGGAAGGUAUCUCAAAUCAGGGUGGGGCAUCUGUGCUGGGCAGCCUUAAAUCUUGUAGUAGAACAUUCUAGGCACAGGAAUGCAGCACAACCACCACCUGGAUGUAAGCCAGUGACCCUUGUAACUUCCCUGGCACCCACCAGUUUGGGCAGGAUUGAAACAGUUUAGAGAGCCCCUCCCCAAACCCCUAAUUAGCCCUAGCCAAUCAUCGAUGCACUCAUACCCUUGCUUUUGACCUGCACCAAUCACAAUUAAGACAACCUAACUGUCCCAGAAAUUCCCCUAGUUGACCUUAAAUAGAGCUCUCAGCUCACCUGGGGUUGCCAUUCUGCCUGGAUGGUGGCCCCAGCAUGCUGGUCUUCUGCAGAAUACAUGCCUUUUGUUGCUUACAUGCUACCUAAGUCUGGGGCUGUUCUUUCAGCGUCUUCUGGACCCUAACAGAUGUGAAGAAAAGUAAACAAAAACAAAUCACUAGUUAAAGACAUGAACACUGUCCAAAACGAAUCUAAGAAUACUGGUAAUGCAAGGGGGCACAAUUUAAGAAGGUUUUCUGUCUCAAAACGUUUUCAUCUUCCCCCUUAACUAUUUCACCAAAUGUGGAUGUACAGAAGGAACUGUAGACAAAGCUUCUGAGAAUUUCUGUUAGAAACAUUGUUCUUAAAGUGGCCUAGGGACAAUUUUUUUCCCAACUGCUUAAACAACAGACAUUUAUCAAAGUUCUGAAGGCAGAAGUGUCUCUAAUAACUGUGAUAGAGCAGUUUAUUACUAGGCAAAUAAGAGCAUAGUACCAUCAGGUUAGGGCUGGCUGUCACAUCCCCACACUUUUGCCUCCUGAGUGCUGGAAUUCAAAGGCAUGUGCCACUAUGCUCAGCUCUCAACAGCAUUUUAACAAUAUUUAUGAUAUGUCUGCGGAGAAGUGAGUUCCCCAUCCAUCUGUCUCACCUUGGUCAAUCCAUAAAAUGAUAGCAUGGCUAGAAACCGGUAGGAAGUAAUGCUAGGCUUGGCAGUACAUGACAAUAAUCUCAGCCUUGGGAGACUGAGGAAGGAGGGUGAUGCAUUUGAUGCCACAGACUACAUAGUCUCUGUCUCAAAGACAAAUAACAGUCAGGUGUUGUUGGUGUAAUCUGUGCCCACACAUAUUGUAUCAACUGUCUAUGAAUGUGUGUCACUGCCUUCUCAAUUGUUAGUCGCUGUGUGGGCAGCGCCAGGUGCUGGCAGGAUAUGUGACAUUGUCAUUUUUACAGCCCACCACUCCUGCUUUCUAUAUGUAAAUGUUUGUUGGCUCCUCUCCUGCCCAAAAAGGUGUAAACAAAGUGAUCAAUAAUUCUCUGAGAUUAUCAUGUUAAAAACCAAACUGUCCUGGGAGAGGUGGCAUAGCCCUCAAUCUGGCCAAAUGGCAGCACUAACAGACAGAUAGGGUGUAGCCUGCUGCUGAUUGGUUCAGAGUGAGUAAACUGGGAAGCCUCUCCCACUAUGCUAAUAAGCCUUUUGUGUCAGGAAGGAGGAGUGGUUUUUGAUGAAUAAAGAGCUGAAAACCAAAGAGGCUAGGUGGCUGGAGAAUCAGGUCUAGUCAGGUCUAGUUCAAGGGACUCACCCCAGCAAAAAAGGCUAACAGGCUUAUACUAUACAGAUGUCUCCAUGUCUUUAUUACUAAGCCCCAAGUGGGACAGCCUCCCCCCACCCCCCAAGCCCCGACAAUAAGAUUUGUUGAUGUGAGGAUAGACUGGCAGAUAGGGAGACAGUCAGCAGGGUGAGAACUGAGUUCUAUCUCAGAAUCAGAAUCCAUGUUAUAGACAGGGAGAACCAACUCCACAAAAUUGUCCUCUAACCAAACAUGCACUGUGGCAUGCUCCUCAUUCACCUCAUCAUACAUACGUGUACUAAUAAACAUGAGAUUUUAAUCAUCUACUUCAAAAAAGACAGGAUAGAAAGAAAGGGGAAAUGAUGGGGUCAUGGGAAUGGAAAGGAGCUCUUCAGCCUGGAGUCUGGUUGAGGUUCCUCUCACCAGCUGAAUAUCAAGAAUUCCAACUCAACAUUUACUAGAGUCCUUUCCCUAUUUAUAAAUCUAUGAUAUUCUGGUAAUCUCACCAGAAACCUCAUUUACAGUGAAAGACAUGUCUUAAAUUCCUUGUAUAACACCAAUGGCUCUCAGUUUUAUCUUAUCAGAUUGUAAUGCCAUCCAAGGCCUCUCUACCUCUGGAGCCAAUUUAUAAUCUCAGUAAUUCUAGAAAUGAACAGAGAUAGAGGAAGGGAAGGUUCCUCUAUCUCUCAGGUUGACAUCCUGAGUUUGUUAUUUUUAGUUGUAUUUCUGUUUUUGUUUUCCUUAGUGAUUCUGUUAAAUUUACAAAUUCUACUUUCAUGUCUUAAAGUGUUUUUAUUAUUUCAUCAACUUUAUUUCCAUGAUCUUUAUUAGUUAUUUAUUUAUAUCCUCUUUAAGGUUCUUGAACAUGUUCAUGAUUCCUAUUUUGAAGUCCUGGUCUUGUGAUUCAGCUAAAUUGAUCUUAUUGCAUAUUACAACAGGAUUGUUAACAUCUGUAGAAGGCAUAUUGUCUUGGCUAUUCAAUUUUGUGUUUUUGUGCUGGGGCCUAGGCAUCUGGAGUUACGAUGUUUGAAAUGUUUCUAGAUGUAAACAUCUGGUCUUGUCUUUACUGAGUGUUCCGUUCUUCAGUUGGUGUGGCCCACUCUGGUUCUUAGCCAAGUGUGGUACCUGUGGGAUUGCUAGUAGAGAGUGUUUCUAUAGGUCAAUGGCUGUCACAAAAGAAUGGAGAUGGGCCAGAAGGAAAGGCUAAAAAGGGCAUCAGGAAAUAACCGGGGAAACCCUUGGUCUGUACCAAGAGGUAGAGUAUAUGACAAAAGGAGAGAUUCAAUUCCCACCUUUGUUCUCUGACCUCUACAUGUGUGCUAUAGCACAUGCAUGCAUGCAUGCACAUGUACAUACACAGAUAAAUAAAGAAUGUAUCUUUAAAAUCUUGUAUACAAUUACCACCAAGUCCUUAAAAUGAGUGUCUAAGAGAAUCCUGUAUCUGUAUUUCUUUUGCAUCUUUCUUCAUGAGUGUGAGUAUCUCUUCCCUUCUCUUAAUCAUCAUGCUUAAAAUCCUUAUUUAAAAAUGUAUUUUCACCAACUGUAUUUUCACCAGUUGUGGACCCUGUGUAUAAAACUAUCAACUGCCCAGGCUAUGCCCACUGAUAAAAUAGUAGAAAGCUUGUCACAGGAAUAACUUCCUUGUUACUAGAUUUUAGUCCUGCCCCAAGAGAGAGACUUCAGGCUGGUAGUGUAAACCUGCUCAAAAGUCUGUGGCUUGGGCCAGUGAAAUGGUUCAUCAGGUAAAGAUGUUUACCAUGCAAGCCUGAUGAUGUGAGCUUGAUCCCUGGAACUCAUGUAAAGGUAAAAGAAAACCAACUCCACAAGAUUAUCCUCUGGCCUCACACAUGCUCUGUGUGUGUGUUCCCUCCAUACAUCAUGAGCACACACGCUAAUAAUAAUCAUAUAACAAUGUACUGUCAAAGUCUAGCUUUGAUGGGUCCAGGGGAGAAACUAAAGAAGGUGGAUGGAGCAUCAAUGACGUGGGGGUCAUUCAGACUAGUGACCAACAUCUAUCUUUCAUCUGGGGUCAGUGUGCUAACAUCUCUUUCUCAUGUUCUAUACCUAAAUUCAAAACCCUUUUUAAUUCAGAUACUGCCAGAGGCAGCCGUAAGUAUAGGGAAGAGGGGAGUGAGCUGAGGGUUCUUUCUCUAGUGACUCAGUUCUGGCUGUGCUAUGAGGAAAACUUAAACUGACUACCUUGGUUUCCCUGUAGUCAGGGCUGUGAGAAGUGGCUUCUAGCUGCCCUUUGAGUCCCUUUAAUCUAGAGAGUAGCUGGUGGGGAAUAGGCCUCUUUGGGAAGAUCUCUGAUAGGCUAAAGUAUGCCUGCUGUUGGCAGAGCCCUGAGUCUGUUAACUUAUUUGUGAAUCUACAGAGGAAAAAGAAAUAAGGAUAUAAAAUACAAAAACACUUAAGAGAGAAAACAGAUGAGGCAAAUGGCCCCACCCAACUUUAUUACCCUGAUUACACUUCUUAUAUACUUUUAUAUAAGUAUAUAUAUAUACUUUUAUAUAAGUAUAUAUAAGUAUAUAUUGCCCUGACUACACUUCUUAUAUACACUUUUGCUCUCUUCUUUGCAGAGAGCAAAAUCUCUCUGCCUCAGAGAUAGAAUUAUCUCCUAGUCAAAAGAUUUAUCACAAAGACAGAUAAAACUGUUACAAUGGGAGGGAUUUUAGUGAUAUCAUGUUUCAGUACUAAAUUAAACAUUUUUUUUAUCUAGUCUUACAUUCCAAUACAUGAAAUAAAUUUAGAACAACAGUAUUUUAUCCAUAAAAUACUGACAAGGUAUAGGAAUUACAACAAAACAGUGUGUAUUUUUUAUAUAAGGUUUGUACUUAAUGUUGACAUUUCUUGGUAGUCCCAUUAUUUUCUGGGUUCAUGGUUCAACUUUUAUAUACUUAAGGUACAUUCCAGGAUUUGUAGUGCCAUUUCUAGUGCAAAAGCUUACCUGAAGCCACAAAUCUUCCUCAAGCCUGUCUCCUGGUGAGGCAUCUGGAGGUCCACAAAAGUAUUUAUUGCAGCUGUCAAUGUUCUAUCAACUCUAACUUUUUAACUUCUAAAAUUGUUUGAAUCAAAUCAGGAAUUCCAUUAUUAUCAGGAAUUAAUUCAUCUGAACAGCAGUGCAUCUUCAUAAAGAUCCUGUAGGAGGUUUGUUUAAUCAGAGUGGGUAAAUACCAAAGAGUGAGUGUUCGCACCAUUUAUCUAUCUAUCUAUCUAUCUAUCUAUCUAUCUAUCUAUCUAUCUAUCUAUCUAUCUAUUUAUUUGAGAGAUGAAACAGCACAGAAAAGAAGGAGUGUCAGAUGCUGGAAGCAAUGCUUGGGGUGCAUCAUGGUACAGACCUUGCAGAUACCAGAGUACCGUGCAUAAAUCCCACAUGCCUGAACUCCCCAAUUCAAUGGCUCUUUGCAAUGUAAAUGUUAAAAGCCUGUGGCUACAGGAGUUAUAGGCCCUCCUAGGGAAGGUACGACUGAUAUUUGCUAAAUAGACAUAAUGUGCCUGUCCUAGUUAGGGUUUCAUUGCUGUGAAAAGACACCAUGCCCAUGGUAACUCUUAUAAAGUGUGCUAGAGUUUGAUCUACAUGAAGCAAGUAAGGAACCACUGAAUUUUAAGUUGGUGACAGAGACAAGAACAGAAACAGGGAGUCAAAGAGCCAAACUAACUCUGGUGUGCAGUGAGAGCUACUGUUGGGUUGGAGUGCUCCAGGGAUAGAAACUGGGGACAUUACCAAGUAGGGUGGGGGUCACGGGCUGUGCUAAGCUUUGCUUGAUCAGUCCAGCCCUCCCUCAACACAGCAGUGUUUUUCUUAUUUAAAUAGUUGUCACUUGUCUUGCUCAUGUGGCAGAGCUAUGCUUUUCUCAAGAAGAAAACUGGGCCUCCAUGGCACAGGCCUUAAUGUUGGUUGUGACCCUGUAAUGUCCCCUUGAGCAGCUUGUCAGAGGCCUGCUCUUUGAUAUGGGGAUGGGCCUAGGCGGCUGGUUGUAAAUAAGUGGUGUUGCCAUAGUCAUGGUUUGGAGCCAAAUGUCUAGACAGUCCUACUGAAGAAACGUGUAUUUUAUCAUCCUAAUCUCUAACAGGCCUGGUUAGCAUAGUACUUACCUUUGGAGAAUUUUACUUACCUUUGGAGAGUCAACCCUCACUAGCUCAAUUCUACUUUAUCUGACUAUCUCCUAAGCAUUGGUAAAUCCUUUAUAUCGCCAAUGCUACUCUUCUACAUCACAGCCUAAUAGUAGAGUGCUACACAACACAUGAGAUGCUCUUUAUAGCCUCCACAAAAUUAACUCCAAAUGGAUUCUACACCUAAAUGUUUAAUGUGAAGUACAAGAUUUCUAGAAGAUAAUAGGCCUCUCCAAGUUUGCUGCCUGCAGUCCACGGGGGCACCAAACGCACGUUGACCUUGACUACAAACAUUUUUGUACACAUGGUGCUCACAAUGUUCUGUGCAGAUGCAGCCCACUGAGGGAAGUUAUUCAGAGGUCUGCAACAGGGUCCAGGAAGAUAUGAGGACUACAUUAGACCCCUCAGAACAAAGAUUCUGGCCUCCCAUUUCAUGCAUCCUCAGGGAGGACUCACCACACCAGCUCCUGAGACUCACCAUAGGCUCCUUCCCAUCUGGAGAAGGCAGCCCCUCAUUCACUCUACCUUGGCUCCUGAGCUAGCCCAUGCGCCCAUCACAGCUUCCUGCUGUGGCACUCACAGCACAAUACACAAAACCACUAGUGCCUGCUUGGCUACAGAGCAUCCUGUACCACAUUCUGCACGACUUCUGAUUGGCAGGUCACUUGGCUGGUGAGACCUGAGUGACAAGAGUACCUCCUUUAGGUUUACAGUGUCUCAACAGACACAGCACAGUAAUUGGGUCCUGGCUCUGGCUUUCACCCAGACCCAGACCUUUUUCAGAUCUGCAGAGAUACGCAUUUCAAUAGCACUUGCCCCUUGCCUCCAAUGGCUGACCUUACUAUCUUCCUGUACUUUAUAGGCAUUUCCCGUUCUUCCUACUGAACACAAGGUGGCUGGCUUGCGCAGCACCUUACACAUUGUGGAGUGGGGUGAUUCCCUUGUCUCACAGGUAGAACGGUGCCCAGAAUAUUAACAAUUAAAGAGAUUUUUAGGACACACAAAAAAAGAUGUUUAUUCUGGCUUUAUGCUGAGGUCAGGUGAACUGCAGGUAUGUUUUACCUGGCUGUCACAGAGACUUCAGACAACCAUGAGAGAAAAGCAGGAAUCAGAUCACAAACAAGAUAUGUCUUUCUCCCACUAGAAAGUUCAAUGAAGACUCCACUGCUUUAGGAGUUUCCUUCCUGAAUUCAAGCCAAUCUCUUAAAUGAUGAAUAAUUAUUUUAAAAAAAUAGGUGUAGGGUAUGUUGAAUACUUGAAGAAAAACGGAGCAAGGAAGAAUGCCUUUAUGAGCACAACUGUGAGCCAGGACAUCUUCCACAGUGGGCAGGUGAAAAACAACACAGCUUUAUUAGUCAAGGUUCUCUACAUGAACAGAACUGGUAGACUGAAUCUCUAUGUGUUUUGAAUUUGUUAGAAUGUCUCACAGGCUGUGGUUCAGCUAUUUCAAACAUGGCUAUCUAAGAACAGAAUGUUGAAGGAUCUCGUAGUUGGGUGGUCCACGAGGCUGGAUGUCCCAGCAGGUCUUCAGUAGACACCAGAGUUCCAAAGAACUAGGCUCUAAAGACAGUAAAGGAAUGAAAACUUCCUAGCCACAGCUAGUGUAAUUAGGCAGGCAGAGAGAGGCAGAGGCAGAGAGAGAGAGAGAGAGAGAGAGAGAGAGAGAGAGAGAGAACAUCCUUUUCCAAUAUCCUUUAUAUAUGUAGGCUGUCAUCUGAAGCUGUUGCCCAGAUUAAAAGUGAAUAUUAUCACCUCAAAUGACCCACAUUAAAAAAGGGUCUUCCCAUUUCAAAAGCUAAAAUUAAGAAAAAUCCCUUCCAGGUGUACCCAUGGGGGAGGGGAGUUAAUUAAUUCCAGAUGUAGUCUAUUUGACUACAAGAAUAGCCAACACAAAAGCCAAGACAGAGCUGAGAAAGAUUUCUUAUGUAGGAGGCAAAGAUAACAUGGGAACCAUUUCAAAAGCAAUGCUUUUCCUCCAAAAGGGAAAGUUACUAUUUAGGGAGUAUGGACAAGUUCAUGUAGAGUUCUGCCUAUUCUUAACCAUGCCUAAUUAACAAAUGGACAUCUGAACAUGGUCACAAUGUAAGGACAUUUGGGGCCAUUCUUAGCUAACAGUCAUAUGUGUGUGUGUGUGUGUGGAUACAUGUAUAUAUGUGUAUGUAUGUGUAUAUAUACAUAUAUAUAUAUGUAUACACACACACACACACACACACACACACACAUAUAUAUAUAUACACAUGUAAUGGUGGAAAGAAAUGCCUGUGGCAUGUUCAUCUUGUACCAUAAGGUCUUGGCUGAAAAUCAAGUAAAUGAUACUGUGAGAGUAGAUUGCUUUUAGGACCAGUGCUACCUCAGAAUCAUAAUGAUUGAUCUAAAUGAUAGGAUGCAGGGGAUUAUUUCAACUUUUUUGUAUCUGUUGCGACUUGCACUGUGAUUGAGUAUCAUCAGUUUUGGAGACAGUUCCAAGAGCUGCUGAGAAGAGGGUAUAUUCUUUUGUGUUGGGUGGAAUGUUCCGUAAAUGUUAGUUGGGCUCAUUUGGCUUUUAACAUCAAUUAGCUGGAGUAUUUAUCUGUUUAGUUUUUGUCCAGAGGACCUGUUUGUUGGUAGGAGUUGUAAUGCCAGGAUCACAGGACCCUCAGAGACCACCAAGAGAUGACUCGAUGCAAUAGCAAGACAGCUUUAUUACAAGAGUGAUCAAACUCGGGACCCAAGUCUCUCUGACACAGGAGUAGAGAAGUAGUACCCCAAGCUCUGAGUGAGCAGUGUUUUUUAAAGGGAAAGACUGCAAGCAGGGGGUUUCCAUGACAGCAAGCAGGGGGGCACAUGUUUCUAUGACAGCAAAUUGGGGGGGCAUAUGCCUUGACAUUACAGGAUUAGGUAAAAGUUAGAGAGGUGAGGUGACCUUCUCUGAGGCACAUCAUCACAAUUGCUAUUCUUCUCAACUAUAUCUGAAACAUUGGGGAGAAUUUUCCCAGCUGAUUCCCAACUGAUUCUCAUUGAUUAUUGCCACAGAAAUUGUCUCUAUUUUCUAUGAAGUAUUUAUUCUGUGAUAUUUCAUGUUGCUAGGAGAGUUAACUUUGUUUUCUGCCAAGUGUACAUUCUGUGAUAUUUCCUGGUACCUGAAUUCAGCUCCAGUCAAGAUGGCUCCUUAUUUCAAAAUGGAGUUAUACUCAGGCUAACUUAAACUCUUCAGAGUGAGCUAUUGAAGUCUCCCCUAUUAGUGCAUGAGGGUCAAUGGUGGUUUAAGGUGCAGAAGUGUUUCUUCUCAGGCAACGCUGGGUAUUGAUCAGGUCUCAUGUAACAGAAAGCAGGGAAGGUCUGGAGGCAUCCUAGCUAGUCUCAUACCCAAUGUUUUAAUACUGAGGCACUGCUUCCCAGGGAUCAUUUAUUUACUUCUGUAUUUAUUUAGGUUUUUGUUAUUGUUAACCUGUGAAAAACUUUAUUGGAUGAAAAGUACUAUGUGGGCUGGGCAGGUCACUCAGCAAAUAUAUUUCUUGGGGUUGACCUGAGUUUAGAUACCAACACUCAACCCAAGUUGGGAGGCUCAUAACCGUGUUCUACUCCAGACCCAGGGGAUUUAACACCCUCUUCUUUGUUAGGUCACUUGUACCUAACAAAAAGACAUUCUCUUACACACACACACAAACGCAUUAAAAUGGGAUAGACUUGUUUUCAAAAGUGGUUAUGACUUAUAAAACACUUACUGCAAAACAAUCUAUUUAGGUGUAUAAUACAAAUACACUUUUUCUUUAAAAAUCUGCUUUGUUGCUCUUUUUUUUUUUUUUUUCUAAGACAGGGAUUCUCUGUGUAGUCUUGGCUGUCUUAGACCAUAGAUAUCUGCCUACCUCUGCCUCCCUGAGUGCUGCGAUUAAAGGAUUGUGCUACCUUGCUGGGCACAUUUGAUUUUGUAAGUUUGUAUUUCCUCACACUGGUGCAGGCUUAUCAUCCAAUCAUCAAUCAUAGAAAAAAUGGUUUCUAAGUGAUUCCAACAGACAUCCUUUUCUUUAUCAGAAGAAAAUAAGAUACAUUUAGUAGUCAAAAUAAUUUUCUCCAAUGAUGAAACAGAUGUAUGCUUUAAGAAGAUUUCUCCAAUCAUAAUAGCUCUCCCCCAAACCAUUUUCUAUUGGCAAAGGAGAGAACCAGAGUGCACAGGGUGAGUGCUGGCCAGUGAUUUCUUUGAUUUUUAUUAUAAUCCUAUAGUUCUUGUUUAACACAGUGUUAUAUUUAUAGGUCUGUAUAUGUCUACUGUAGUCAGUGGUACCACCUUGUGUGAUUUUAUUAAAUGAUAAAAGAUAGAAGAUAUGAUAAAGAGCUAGAAAGGGUGAUUUUUUUCACCAGUAUGUCUCAGAUGCUGAAAACAUACUAGGCCUGGAUUAGCAGAGGCAGUAAGCCUCACAAUUAAAUGAUAAAUGAUAAAAUGAUAGAGGAUUUUUAAUCCAGAAACAUGGCUGUAAGGGAUGACAUCCAAAGACCUUCUAAGUCUGUGUGAUUCCAGCUGGAAUGCAGACACACCUUUAAUCCCAGGAGACAGAGGCAAGCAGAUCUCUUGAAUUCAAGGCCAGCCUGGUACAGAGCAAGUUCCAAGUAGAGAAAAACUUAGGUCCAGGCUUGGUGGUACACGCCUUUAAUCCCAGCAUUUAGGAGACAGAGGCAUGCAGAUCUCUAAGUCCUGUUCAGUAAAUUCUGGUUAAUUUAGGGAAAGGAGGCAGUUUUACCAUGAGAGUUUCAUAGAGACUGGUUGAAGAGAGAUCUUGCUAGACACAGGUGAAGACAGAAGGAGCCAGAGAACGAGAGGGAGCCAGAAGAUUAGAACCAGAUUACUAAGGUUAGUUUGAGGUCAAGCAGAACAAUUCAGGAGAUGCUGAGAGAAAAGACAGAUUGAAUCAGUCACCUAGGAGAGGAGUUUGAACCAAAACGGCUGAGUUAUACUGGCCAGUAAGAAUUCAGAAAGAGUCCUGCAGAGACUGAUACCCCAACCAAGGACCAUGCAUGGAGAGGACCUAAAACUGCUGCUCAUAGACUCAUUCUGAAAGUAGGGUCCCUAGUAAGGGGAGCAGGGGUUGUCUCUGGCGUGGGCAGGCUCUCUGACCACCUCCUCCUGUAGGGUAUACCCUUGCCAGGCCGCAGAAGAAGACAAUGCAGCCAGUCUUGAGACCUGAUAGGCCAGGGUCAGAUAGAAGGAAAUGAGGUCCUCCCCUAUUAGUGGAAUAGGGAAGGAUCAUAGGGAUAGAUGAGGGAGGGGCCACAGCCAAGAUACAAAUGAAUAAAUUGUAAUAAAUAAUAAUAAUUAAUUUAAAAAUGCAAAAAUUCAGAAAGAGCUAGAAAGGGUGAGUUUAUUCAGCAAUAAGUCUCAGAUGCUGAAAACCUACUAGGCCUGGGUUAGCAAACAGGCAGUAAGCCUCACAGUACAUCUGAAAAUUUACUAUAUUGUGAGUUCAUUGAGUUUUUGUUGGUUUGGGGAAUUUCUAUAGAGAAACAGUUUUAGUUUUCUUGAUCUUAGAGACUCCCCUAUCCUCAUUUCUUGGCAAAUCUGUGUUUUCCAGUUUUUGCUACUUAGUGAAUGAUAUGGUUAACACACUGGUCUUAGGUUUUUAAAACUUUCUGAUAUAUCAUUGUCUCUGUGUCCUAAUUAGCUUCUCAACAUUUCAGACCCUAAAGUCAUGUGAGGGAGCCUCAGUUGAAGUAGUGCCCCAUCAUAAUGGCUGGUUGCUAUGUCUGUGAGAGAUUUUGUUGAUUGCUGAUUGCUGAUUGAAGGCUCUUCUACUGAGGGUGGCAAUAUUGCUGUGUGGGCCUGGGCUGGAUAAGAGAAUGAGCUGAGCAUGAGACAGUGAGCAAACAAGAGAGCAAGCCAAGAAAUAAUGUCUUUCCAUGGUUUUUGCCUUCAUUUUCUAGCUUGAGUUUCUAUGCUAAGCAUCCAAAAUAAUGGACUGUAAUUUGACAGAACCAUCCAAAAAACCCAUUCACUACCUGAGAUGCUUGUGGCUGGAGGAUUUAAUCACAGCAUCAGAGAAGCAAGUUAGAACAAAAACAACAACAACAAAUGGUACCCAAGAAGUGAUUUGCUGCAGCACAGAACCUGGGAAUGUUCUCUUUUGAAGUAAUAUGGAAAAUAUAAUGUGGCAAAAGGCAUAGAAAGCUAUACACAGAGCUUAACUGGCUGUUCUUGAAGGAACUGCAAGGUCAGAGUGUUGAGAGUAAUAAAGACUGAGGAAGUCCAGGUCAUAGGAUUUCAGUGGAAAAUAGACUCCAUGAAAAAUUUAGCUAAUGGUCAUUUGUGUGAUAUUUUGGCCCCAAAUCUUUCUUAUUGUGUACAUGCCCUGAGAAACUGAGUAAGGCAGAAUUUAAAAAUAAUGGACUGAUUUCCUAGAUGGAAUAUUGACUGUGUUGAGUGGUUAUUACCAGUGACUCAUUCAGGACUACAGUGAAAGAAAGCAACAAGUGGGGCAGAAAUAAAUGCAAAGUCUAUGGUCUGUAGAAAAAAAAUAGCACUGGGUAGUUUCAGAUGGCAGUUAAUGCUUAACUGAGGCAGGAAUUUUCAAGGAGAUUAUUACCAGUAGAGAGAAGGUCUUUUGCCCUGGAUCAGAAGCCUAAGAAGGUGUCUUAAGGGGAACACUUCAUCCUCUUAAGCCUUGAAUUAAUGGAAGGAGUAGGCAAAGUGAUUUCUACUGCCAGGAAGGAACUUCAUAUAGAACCUGCCACAACUAUGAUCCAAGCAUGAUAUGAUCCAUCCCAAUUUAGAAGCUAAACUUGACAGUAUCAUCCAUAUUGUGCUGGUUCUGGAAACAAGGAAAAUGCAAAAUUUAAGACCAUGGAUUCUUUGUGGUUUCAGUUCAGUACUGUCCCAGCCAUCUAUUUUUGGCAGAGUCGGAGCCUUAGUGAGGAAACUGAGAGUCAUUCCAUGAAGCUAUGAAUAUGAAACCUGAGUUGUAUUUUGAGAUCACAAGAUGUUGAGAUACCUAAGCUAUGAGAAAUUUCCAUGGAGAGAUGCAGAUAAGGAGUGGGAGUAACCAAACUGAGAGAUGUGGAAGUUGUAGGGUCAUCUAAACCCUUUGAAACUAAAGCCCAUGUGUCUGAGACAGCUACAGGAUUUGUUGUUUGCCCUGCUGGGUUUCUUGCCUUGGUCCACCCUUCCCUCACUCCGUACACUUUUUUUUUUUUUUUUUUUUUUUUUUUUUUGCCUCUUGGAAUGGGAAGGAGUAUUCUGUGCCAUUGUAUACUGGAAAGAUAGAACCUGUUUUCUGAUUUUACAAGAUGUGGCAAUCAAGAAAUUGUCUUCAGUGUCAGAAGAGACUUUGGACAUUUGAACAGUGUAGAGGCUGUUGCAGACUGUUAGGAUCAUUGAGGUUGGACUAAAUGCAUUUUCAUCAUAGGAUCACCAUGGGGCUCCAGGGUCAGAAUGUAGUGGAUUGAAUCAAAAAGCUCCCAGAGAGGAUGAUGUCUUUGAACACUUGUCUUUCCUUUGUGGCUUUCUUUGGGGAAGUUAUGGAAGCUUUUAUAGGAGGAGCCUUUCUAGAUUCCCUAUUGGGGAUGGGAGUUGAGUGUAUAGACUCAACCCCUUUCCUGUUCUUUGUGUCUACUGUGUUGUGGUUGAAACUGACAGUCAGCCUCUCUCCUGCCCUCACCAUUACAGACUCUAUUACAUAAGAUACAGUAGAAGGAAACAAUUGCUGCUCAAUGUUAAGCUAUUUUGCUAGCCUAAUGUUGUUAUAAUGUUAAGUUUAUUGUUCUUGUUUUUUAAGACAAAGUUUCUCUGUGUAGACCUGGCUGUCCUGAAAGUACUUACGUAGAUCAAGCAGGCCUUGUACUUGGAGGUCCACCUGACUGUGGCCCACCAGAGUGUUGGGAUUAGAUGUAGGCUAACAUCCUACCUUUUUUUGUUUUUGUAAUAUUGGCUGAUAGGGCUGGAAUGUAGGUUUUUGCAUAUGUCAAGCAUAUGCUGUUGUGCUGAUCUUCAUCUACACUUGAAGUUUGGAAUUUUACUUCUCAGAAUGGCAUGUAUUCAUGACCUUAAUACUAUCUGAAUUUUUUGAAUGAAUAUGAAUAUUUUGCCUGUAUGCAUAAAUAUGUAUAUAAUGUGUCCCUGGUCUUCACAGUAGUCAGAAGAUACCCUCAGAACUCCUGAACUUGGAAUAAUGGAUAGCUGUGAGGCCCCAUGUAAGUACUGGCAAUUGAGCCCAGUUAUUUGCAGGACCAUCAAGAGCUCUUAACUGCUAAGCUGUCUUUCCUGCCCUAUGUUGCUUAUUUAAGAUCAACAUUUACAUUGGUAAAAUAUUUUCAUCUGUCCAUUUGUAACUGUUUAAACAUGCAUUCUUUUUUUAGUAAAAUCUUAUUAAUGUUAGAGUUUAAAAUAAGGCACUUCAGGUUUCUGGAAGAGGAAUACAGAACUGGGGUGAAUAUUUUAUUCUUUGUAGGAACUUCAAUAAAGACCUCUUGAGUAAUUUCUA